AUGAACCCGGACCUGCGCAGGGAGCGGGCCGCCGCCAGCUUCAACCCGGAGCUGCUCACGCACGUCCUGGACGGCAGCCCCGAGAAAACCCGGCGCCGCCGGGAGAUCGAGAACCUGAUCGUGAACGACCCCGACUUCCAGCAUGAGAACCUGAACUUCCUCUCCCGCAGCCAGCGUUACGAGCUGGCUGUUCGGAAAAGUGCCACCAUGGUGAAGAAGAUGAGGGAGUUUGGCAUCGCUGACCCUGAUGAAAUCAUGUGGUUUAAAAAACUACAUUUGGUCAAUUUUGUGGAACCUGUGGGCCUCAAUUACUCCAUGUUUGUUCCUACCUUGCUGAAUCAGGGCACCACUGCUCAGCAAGAGAAAUGGCUGCUUUCAUCCAAAGACCUCCAGAUAAUUGGCACCUACGCCCAGACGGAAUUGGGCCACGCUUUGCGCACCGAGGGCGACCUGAGCCUCUGGAUCUCCACUUGGGCAUGUUCCUGCCCACCUUGCUUCACCAGGCAACCGCGGAACAGCAGGAGCGCUUCUUCAUGCCCGCCUGGAACUUGGAGGUCAUUGGCACUUAUGCCCAGACAGAGAUGGGUCAUGGAACUCACCUUCGAGGCUUGGAAACCACCGCCACUUAUGACCCUAAGACGCAGGAGUUCGUUCUCAACAGUCCGACCGUCACGUCCAUCAAGUGGUGGCCCGGUGGCCUUGGAAAGACCUCAAAUCAUGCCAUCGUCCUUGCCCAGCUCAUCACCAAGGGGAAGUGCUAUGGACUACACGCCUUCAUCGUGCCCAUCCGGGAAAUUGGGACCCAUAAGCCCUUGCCAGGUAUCACCGUCGGAGACAUCGGACCCAAGUUUGGCUAUGACGAGAUGGAUAACGGCUACCUGAAGAUGGACAACUACCGUAUUCCCAGAGAAAACAUGCUGAUGAAGUAUGCCCAGGUGAAGCCCGACGGCACGUACGUGAAACCCCUGAGUAACAAGCUCACCUAUGGGACCAUGGUGUUCGUCAGGUCCUUCCUCGUGGGGGAAGCUGCUCGGAGCCUGUCGAAGGCUUGUACCAUCGCCAUCCGCUACAGCGCCGUACGGCACCAGUCGGAAAUCAAGCCUGGUGAGCCGGAGCCACAGAUCUUGGACUUUCAAACCCAGCAGUACAAGCUGUUUCCGCUUCUGGCCACGGCCUACGCCUUCCAGUUCGUGGGUGCCUACAUGAAGGAGACCUAUCACCGGAUCAACGAAGACAUCGGCCAUGGGGACCUGAGCGAGCUCCCCGAGCUUCACGCCCUCACUGCCGGCCUGAAGGCUUUCACCUCCUGGACGACUAACGCGGCUAUCGAAGCCUGCCGGAUGGCCUGCGGUGGCCAUGGCUACUCCCACUGCAGUGGUCUUCCAAACAUCUACGUCAACUUCACGCCAGCGUGCACCUUUGAGGGAGAAAACACUGUCAUGAUGUUGCAGACGGCCAGGUUCCUGAUGAAGAGCUACGAGCAGGUGCACUCCGGGAAGUUAGUGUGUGGCAUGGUGUCCUACCUGAACGACCUGCCCAGCCAGCGCAUCCAGCCUCAGCAGGUGGCCGUCUGGCCGGCCGUGGUGGACAUCAACAGCCCCGAUGGCCUGACAGAAGCGUACAAGCUGCGUGCGGCCAGAUUAGUAGAAGUUGCUGCAAAAAACCUUCAAACUGAAGUGAUGCACAAAAAAAGCAAGGAGGUGGCUUGGAACCUAACUUCAGUCGACCUGGUGAAAGCCAGCCAGGCACAUUGCCACUAUGUGGUAGCGAAGCUCUUUUCCGAGAAGCUCCUCAAAAUUCAGGAUGAAUCCGUCCAAGCUGUGUUAAGGACUCUGUGUCUCUUGUACUGCAUGUAUGGGAUCAGUCAGCAGGCAGGAGACUUCCUGCAGGGGAGCAUAUUAACAGAAUCUCAAAUUACACAAGUAAACCAGCGUGUGAAGGAGUUACUGACGGCAAUCCGCCCGGACGCCGUCGCUUUGGUGGACGCCUUCGACUUUAAGGACGUUGUCCUGGGCUCGGUGCUGGGCCGCUACGACGGGAAUGUGUAUGAAAACUUGUUUGAGUGGGCCAAGAACUCCCCACUGAAUAAAACCGAGGUCCAUGAGUCCUACCACAAGUACCUGAAGCCUCUGCAGUCCAAGCUCUGACGUGCCCAGGCGUCCUGCUGCCGAAAGCCGCCGUGUCUACUUCUCCCCUCACACCUUGCACACUAAUCUGUCUGGAGUUUCUGUCCAACUCCGAGAGCCUAGAGCAAAUGAAAAAUUGACAACCCCUUUCCUCUUUUUAUAAAUGAAGAAGCAAUGAACAGAUUUCCGAGAUUAAAUGAAAAAAUGGCUGUGUUCUAAGUGCAGUUAACACUAAGGGAGACCCGUGAAGCCUUCACAAGGAGCUUUAAGAGAUGCAGUCAAGUCCUUCUGCAACGCUGCCGACCCGGCAGGCGUGACUCUCGUCCUUAGCAGAACUUCACGGCCUGCGUGCGCAGCACUGGAUAUAUAAGUGUUUCCAAAAGGUAUUUUAAGUGGCGUGGAACCUUUCCUAGCUUUCCUGCUCAAUUUCUUCCCUGGAACCAGGCUGAAAAGCCUUGAAGAAAAGGGCUGGGGAGGAAGGACUCGCGACCCUGACUGUGCUUGGUGCCUUUCCUCCUGCUCACCCUUUGCCCUCUGCUCCCCGCCCGGCUGGCUCUCCAGGGGGCGCUUUUCCAGCUCGGGACGUUUGCAGGGAAGCCUCCUGCAGGGGUCAUCGCUGUGGCGUGCCAUGGGAGUGAAUCUUCCCUUCAGAGGGUUCCUGAGUUGCGGCCAUUCUGGCAGCAGCGCGACUCCGCGUCCCCGGCUAUGGGACGGGCAGGUGGCCGAGUCAUCUGCACGCAGGGCUUUGGGCAGCUCCCCUCCCUCCCUCUUCUCUCCCUUCCUAAAAGAGCUGCUGAAGGGAAGAGGAAAGUCACGGUUGUUCUUAGUAGAAUUCAUGGAAAAACUCUGUUACAGUUACUGUAACUUCAGUGAUCAUGUCAAUUGGAUUUUCUGGAACAAUCCAAAUAUCAGAUAUCUUGGUAUAAGCCAUUAAAAUGCUUGGAGGUUACGAUAUUUGGCACUCCAAAAGUAAAAGUGUCACUCAGGUCUCCUGUGCCCAGGAGUAGCACAGAAAAAUUCUUUCAUAAACUGUGCGCUCUGAUUUUUGAUUCAGAAAAUAUAAUCAUUGAAAAUAUAGAUAAAGGACUUCCCGCCAUAUAUAUCCGGCUUUAUCUGGCUUUUUCCUAAUGUUUCCCUGAGUUUUACCUGAAUUUUAACAUUGUCCUGUCAGCUCAGAUCUAAUUUAUACAAUCAUUCUGCUUGAAGAUUACACGUGUACCUCUUCCUGCCUUUUUUCUGAAAUCAGUGAAAACAUGUCACUUGACUGUUUCUGACCUGUUAACUGUCUGUGUCAUCCGCCUCACGAAACCAGCUCUGGAGCCAGUCUUCAGACGAAGGUGGUAGUCCGUGGGACUGCAGUGCCUGCCUUGGAAGCUGUCCGGGCCGCGGGGCAGCAGAAGCUGCCUGGGAAUGCUGACACGGCCCCAGCUUCGCGCCGCGAGGACCAGCUGGAAGUGGCAGGACUGGCGGGAGGUGCUCAGGGCGUCCCUGUAGGUGUAUUUGACAUAGUUCCGUUUCUGGAAAUAACAAGGUCAAAUUUCUUACUAAUGACCAGACAAGUACGGAACUGUUUCAGAGUUAGUGCUUAAACAUUCACUCCCGGGGGGGCAGCUGCUGCCAGCUGCUCAGGGGCUGGAAAUGACGCCUGCCUGGGCGCGCUGAGGGGUCUGGGCCUGGCAGGGCCGCUUGGGACUGGUCGUGGUCGGUUCAGAGCCACCUCAGUCUGGCACCUUGAAUUUUAUUUAAAAGCUAAAUCUGAUAUUUGGUACUAUUUUUAUUAAUACUGGAAUGUUUCACCUUGAACUUUAUUCAGUGUAAUCAAAGAAUAAAGAUAGAAUAAAACCUCA